UUCAACACAUCACAACAGAAAUCGCAGAAACGGAUCGAAAAAGUAAAAGAAAAACGUUCGUCGGAGAGACGAAAACAGCACAAAAAGUAGUGUUUUUAGUGUGUUCGACCUGAUCCCCACCCCGUGACGUGGCCUACUAAGCACGGGCACGGGAAUGCCCCGGACGAAUGUAGAUUGGUCCAGGUAUGGGCUCGGUGGCGAUGAUUCAUCACCGACGGAGCGGAAUCGCGCAAAUCGGUCCAGCGGUGGCGGUUUCGUGGAUCUGGGAAACGAGUACGACUACGGUGCCGGUGGUCAUCAUGCGUCGGGCCGGGAUGAAAUCUUCGCCGAAGACCAGGGCGACAAGCCCUGGUGGCGGAGCAACUUUUUCAUCUCCCAGCCGGUACUGUUCGGAACGUGGGACGGUGUGUUUACCUCCUGCCUGAUCAACAUCUUCGGUGUGAUCGUGUUCCUGCGUUCCGGCUGGAUUGUGGCCGAGGCCGGUAUCAUGCACGCCAUCCUGAUCAUCUUCUGCGCCGUAGGAAUUGCGCUCGUAUCGGUACUGUCGGCGGUCGGGAUCUGCGAGCGGUGCCGGGUGGAGAGCGGUGGCGUGUAUUUUCUUAUCGCUCACACGCUCGGUUCGCGGUUCGGUGGCUCGCUCGGGCUGCUGUACUGCUUUGGACAGGCCGUCGGAUGUGCCCUGAAUGUGCUGGGUUUCGGUGAAUCGAUUGCCGGGCUCGUUGGUCUCGAAGGAAAUCAAUGGGCGAUCCGUGGGUUCGCGAUUGCCGCGGUCUUGCUGCUUGGCGUGAUAAAUGUGGCCGGUGUCAAGUGGGUCGUGAAGUUGCAGUUCGCGCUGCUAAUCGUGAUCCUAAUGUCGGCACUGGAUUUCAUGGUUGGCAGCUUUAUCGGAGAAGCGCCCGAGCAUGGGUUCGAUGGUUGGGGCUCGGGUAAUAUGGCGCUUAAUCUGUGGUCCUCCUAUACGGAAGGCACAUCGUGGUUUACGGUGUUUGGUGUGUUCUUUCCCACCAUCACGGGCAUCCUUUCCGGUAUCAACAUGAGCGGUGAUCUGCGGGCACCAUCAACGGACAUUCCGAACGGAACGCUGGCUGCCCUCAGCACCUCGACCUUCCUGUACAUGGUUUUCAUACUGUUCCUCGGUGCGACAUGCCAGCGAAAUCAUCUGCUAACCGAUUACCAGAUAGCGGUAAAGGUUUCGGCCGUUGAGUUUCUGCUGCUGGCCGGCAUCUACGUGUCGAGUAUGUCAUCGUGUCUCGGGGCCAUGUACGGAACUCCACGUGUGCUGCAGAGUAUCGCCAACGAGAACGUCAUUCCCGGAAUCGGUAAACUGGGAAAGGGACGCGGCCCAAACAAAGUGCCACUGUAUGCAAUGGCCGUUGUGGCCGGUGUAACGACCACGUUCAUCAUUAUCGGUGAUAUCAACACGCUUGCUCCGAUCGUUACGAUGCCAUUCCUACUAACGUACGCCUGCAUUGACUAUUCGUACUUUGCGCUCGCCCAAACGUUCGACAUUCAAAGUAAUCGUGAAGAACGCUUCCGGAUACAGGCCCAGAGUCCCCUGUACGAGACCCGAAAUUAUGGGGCCACGGGUAACGAUUACCACGAGAACAACGAUCUUGAUCAACUGUUUCCUGAGCGUACACGGCAUAAGAACCUUGGGACGCCUACCAACUCACCGCAACAUGUGCCUUCCGAGCGUGACCCGAACGCUCGGCCACGACCGACAACCUCAUCUGAUGUUACCAUUGGCAACGGAAUUCCUCACAGCAGUUCGAUAACCAGCGGUGAUUCGGAAGUAAUUUUCCGCGAUGGCUCCACGGCCAACGGUACGGGAUCGUUGACCGAAGCGGAUGACGAACCGAUUGCACCAAUUCGUCCUCCAAUUCACUCGAAGACGAAAAACUGGUACUCGGGAUUCUGCAAUCGAUGGGCUUCACUGGUUGGUGCUUGUAUUAAAAUUCUGGUAAUGCUGCUGGUGAACUGGGUGUAUGCGCUAUUUUGCAUCGGAACUGUGUUUGUCGUGUGGUUGUAUGUCGGCACAGCCAAUCCAGCCGUUAAGCCUGGCCUGGCGCACGAGUUCCGGUUCUUCGUGUGGUUGAAAAAUGUGGUUUUCCGGUGUUUUGGAAAACGAGUGAACGAUUACGAGCAGGUGGUAGUUACCCAGUCCUGUCCGAAUGUGAACCUCGCUUCGGCGCAGCUAAACGAGGAGAACGAAGACUUUGCAUCCAGGCGACGCUACCAUCAGACGGCGAUCGUGCAGGGACGGUAUGUGGACGAGGUGUGAAGAACCAAGCGUGUGCCACCUACCUGCCUGCCCCACCGGAAGAUUGAUGUUCAACGCUCGUAACCCGCCGCCAGGAACAAACGUGCGCCAAAGUGAAAGUCUGACUACUAGAAGUAGCAACGCCGAGGAACAAAGACGAAGUCAGCGUUUGAGUGAUGGAAGGAUGAUAGAAUCGUCGGAAUUCCAAAGCUAUAUCAGCAAUGCUUUUUCCUCUUUACGAAAGUAUUCAAAAUGGUUUAGAUAGGUAAGAAUGCUCGUGGAUGCUGCAUAAUUAUUCCUUUUUUUUACUACUUCCGUUCGCCCGGUUCGCCGAUCGGCCACUAACCACCAUGGGAACCAAGCAAUAUCGCGAGCAGCACACAUCAAAUGAUCAAGAACUUAAUGAUUAGGCGAAAAAAGUAGUAAUCAACGGUCGUUAGUCGUUAUUAAGUGGAUGAUGAUCGAUGGUCGAGCAGUAGAGCAAGACGCAAAAAACCUCUUAUCAAAAUCAGAAGCACGCAUAAUAACUAUUAGGAUAGGAAAAGUAAAGAGAUUUGGAUGUACAUAUGCGCGACCUCUGGUGCGUUACGUUAGGCUUCUUUUGUAUUCACGGUAUUGCACGGCUAGCAGUUGUAAAUCUUUUAUAUUUCAUCGGAUCUUGUUUAGUGUCUAAACUCGCUUAACACCUUCAUCCUUUUAGUAGACCUUCUAAACUAACUAAGCGUACCAAGUGAUACUUACCGUGCUGAACGUUGAGAUUAUUACUGCGUUGCAGCAUAAACCAGCAGCUUCUUAUUCUAAGUUUCCUUAACUUCCCCGCAACGGCGCCUUACCAUUCCGGUCUCCAGCGGCUAAUUGCUUUACGUACAUCAUUGAGCCCAAAUCCUUGGGAGCCGCCUUCCGCUUAGAUAAGGAAAAAUCAACCAUCGUGUUUUGUUUCUACUGGAGCAACAGCGCGAGGUAAGGAUGGAGAAAGUGAGAACAAUAAGAGGUUGUACAAGUAAAAUGAUUCCGUUUGUUUUUUACUGUUACGACGAUAAUGCAGGGAACCAGGCGUCGCGGAACUAACUACAAAUGCUGUGUAAAAUAAAGUAAAAUCAUUGUAAUAACAUACAUA